UUGGGAAAAUAUAGACGUCGGCUUACGAACUCUCCGCUAAUACGGCAGACGGUUUCUGGUUAGAGUUUAACCGUGGCGUACGAGUUUCAGACGAGUAAAGCGUUGCACCGCGGUGGCAUCUGGCAGUCUUCGGAGAUUCGACCGCGUACAACAUCGAAGCAGUUUUUACAGGGAAAUAUGACGAGAACUGAAGUGAUCUUCGUUCUUUUUGCCUUGUUCGGUGGAAUUUUCAUAUCUACGGCCGACGGUGGCGGCGAAAAACUUCUCUCGAGAAGAAAACGUUACGUGGUGUUCCCCGAAGGUUCGAGUUUUUCGAUCGCUCUGUGCAUGACCGUGCAUACCUUGACACCUGACAAUAUUUUUACCGAAGGUCUCAAUUGGGGUGUUUCUUACGAUCUACCGAACGAGAGCAAACCCGAACUUUCACCCUUGCUGCAGUUCAGAUCGGACAAAAUUCCUCCGAAUAAAUAUGUUUACAAAGAUCUACAGAAUAAUCGGAACAAACUCAAGUACUCCAGCUGGAACAACGACAGAAAGUACUUCGUUUCCGGACCCACGAGAUAUUUGAAACCGGAGAAAUACUACGUGCAGCGAAGACACAGAAGGGAUCUUUACAACAAGUUGGAAGUCAUCAUGAAUGCAAUGGGGUUUGACGGAAGGACGUGCGUUCUACGCGCCCUUUGCGAAGCCUCGCAACGUCUGAUGCCCCAAGGAAGCACCUUGAUCGAGGAAAUGAUGAGAAUCACAUUUUCACUACCUCUGAAGAAGGUCUUCUCCUUCGAACCACCGGAGCAUCACGUCUACGAUGCGGCACAUCGCGCGGGUCAUCAGGGUCGAGAUUGUACGAGAAUGUUUCCCAGUUGCAGUUUUUCGUUGAUUGAUAUGGCCCUAGGAAAUUACAACAGUCCUACAGAUGCCAAUUACGACCAAGUUCCCGAUGAUAACAGUUCAGACGAGAGGCCGGGAGUCGUUGACGUGGAAAAUUCGAACAUUGAACUACCUGGUGUAAAGUACAACAUGAAAUGAGAUCUGUGAAAAGUUGGUGGAUUGAAGCGGUCGGAGGAAUCGCCGCAAUUUCUGAAAUUAAUUUUUAUAAUUCAUUCCAUUUGUGCACAUAAUACCCCAGUCUAAUUGUAAUCGAGAAAAUGCGAUGGAAUUCCGAGCGAUGUAUACGUAUACAUAUAUCUGUAUGAGUUCGGGGAGGUGAAAAUAUGCCGGAAAUUAAAUUUAAUUCGCCCUGCAUCUGAAACUUUUCCCUCGACGUUGACGAUAAUAAAAAUCAUUCUCCAAUUAAAAUAUAUUAUAACUAAUAUACAGGUGCGCGGUUACGACGCGACGCCUCCGGGCAUUUUCAAGUUACUGUAUGGAUAUAAUUAUUAAUAUAGAUACAUAGAUAUACUUGGAAAA